CUUCACGAUGGCUCAUCUGGGAGCCCAUUUUGCCUUUAGAUCCCGCUGGCAGAAGACUGAUGAUGAACUCUGUCGACAUAGCAUGUCCUUUAUCCUUCACAGAGCCAUUCGCAGUGACUUCUUUCAGAGCUAUCUCUACCUGCUAGAAAAAAUAUCCCUGGUGAAACUGUAUGCUUUGACAAGCCAGGUUAUCAACGGUGAGAUGCAGUUCUAUGCCAGAGCUAAACUGUUCUACCAAGAAGUGCCAGCCACAGAAGAGGGUAUGAUGGGAAAUUUCAUUGAACUCUCCAACCCAGAUGUCCAGGCCUCCCGGGAAUUCCUUCGGAAAUUUGUUGGGGGUCCGGGAAAAGCUGGAACGGACUGUGCCUUGGAUUGCGGUUCUGGGAUUGGAAGAGUCAGCAAACAUGUCUUGUUGCCAGUUUUCCACAGCGUGGAAUUAGUGGACAUGAUGGAAUCUUUUCUUCUUGAAGCCCCAAACUACCUGCAGGUCAAAGGGGACAAGGUAGACAGCUACCACUGCUACAGCCUACAAGAAUUUACACCGCCAUUUGGAAAAUAUGAUGUCAUCUGGAUUCAGUGGGUCUCUGGGUAUCUAACUGAUAAGGACCUUCUUGCAUUUCUUUCCCGGUGCGGAGAUGGCCUGAAAGACAACGGUGUCAUCGUACUGAAGGACAAUGUGGCACGGGAGGGCUGUGUUUUCGAUCUCUCAGACAGCAGCGUGACGAGGGACAUGGAUAUCCUCCGGAGCCUCAUGAGGAAGAGUGGGCUGGUGGUGCUGGGUCAGGAGAAGCAGGAGGGUUUCCCCGAGCAUUGCAUCCCGGUGUGGAUGUUCGCUUUGCGCUGCCAUAGGCACUCCUGAAAGGACUGGGUUGAACUGGGCAGUGGUGCUUUGAGAGAGGGUGCCGUUCUUCUAGGUGCUCUCUGUAAUUAUGAGAGGGAUAGAGAGAAGACAUAAUGUAUAAUGGAAAUGACUCGUGAUAUAUAAAGUUUUGACAAGUUUUCAUUAAUGAUAUAAGUGCAUGCACAGUGUGGAUUUUCUGAAAGAAACACUAGGGGAAAAUGUUUUAAGUAUUUGAAUACAUCUAUACUACAAGUGGCACAAAAACAGCAAAGGGAGCAAUGUCUUAAAGUCUAAACUGCCUUGGUUCCUGAAGAUUUGCAUUACAUCAGGGUCUAGGAAGGGUGGGGGAAGUCUGGAGACCCUUCCCCAGUCUCAGGUCAGCAACCUUUGGAACAAAUAGAUAAAAAUACCCCCUUCAUUAAGAGGGAACUGGUCUAAAUAAUCUUGUGAAAACAAGCCCAUUUCUUAAUUUAGUCUUUAGCCUUUCUCUGGGCAGAAAAAGUGAUUGAAUUCACUUUCUAUUUUGGGUCAGUUUCAUUAGCCAGUGAUGUCAUAUGGGGGAAAUUUGAUAACAGAAGUCUGCAGUGAUGGGGAAGUGUCCCCUUUCAGGAAUAAAUAUUGUACCCCUGAAAUUCCAGCCUUGAACAUAUAAGUAAAUGUUGUUAACAGUGUAAUUUUAGCCAUUGGUUUCCAACACUGCUUACUUCGUUGCUGCUGUUCCUGUUCUUUGAUUUAUAUGAGCGUGCAGUGGGAAGUACAGGGCAACAGCCAAGGAAAUGGACAAGGAAA